GGUUAGUCAUUUCGAUGCAGGCUAGUCUAUGUUAGCUAGUUACCCGAAAUCUAACGUUAGUACUACUGUUAAGCUAACAAAUGCUAUUCAAAAGCAUACAACGUUAAUUAGAUAGAUUGAUUUUAAAAAAAAAGCAGAGUUAACGCAAAAACCACGACCAGAGAGUCAUAUAACAGACUUUCAACUAAGUUUCCUGUUCUCGAGGCUGGCAGCACCAUGGGGGAGCAAGAAAAUCAUCUGAUAGAGGUCACUGUGAAAACUCUGGACUCCCAGAGCAGAAGCUAUACUGUGAGAGCGCAGAUAACUGUGAAGGAGUUUAAAGAGCACAUCUCUCCCUCAGUGGGAAUACCUGUUGACAAACAGAGGCUGAUCUACCAGGGACGAGUACUUCAGGAUGAGAAAACUCUGGCAGAGUACAAUGUAAAUGGUAAAGUCAUUCACCUGGUGGAGCGAGCCCCACCCCAGACGACUCAGUCAGGAUCAGGCUCGGGAGGAGUACCCGGGACUUCAGGAGGCUCACAGACUGGAAACGCCGCAACUCCUCAGGCCAUGCCUCACGGAGCCACACAUGAUCGCAAUGCUAAUAGCUACGUUAUGCUUGGUACCCUUAAUCUCCCAGUGAACGUCAUGGACCCCCAGCAGAUUCAGAUGUCUAUCCAGCAGAUAAUGGCAGGCCUCGGGGAGGGUGUUAGGAAUACACGAGUCAGCAGCAGUAAUGGGAACAAUGGCUCAGCGAACGUCCAUGUCGAUAUGGAUCAGACCCUGCAGAGUGAGCCAAGGCUGCGGCUACUCCUGGCUGAAAACUUAUUGCGAGACACCGUUGCCCUGAUUCAGAGACUGGAGGGUCAGCCCGUCGAUGGUUCCUCAGCUCAGGAUUCUGCACCUCCUCCUCCUUCCUCCACCUCUACACCUUCUCCGUCUGUCCAGCCCAUGGACACAUCCCCCCCUCCACCUAGCUCACCUCCAUCAUCCUCUACCUCCACUCAAACUGAUAAUGCACCUCCUCCGCCGCCUCCUUCAGGCGCCAACCACCCCAGCCCUGCAGAACUGGUCGAGAUGUUAGGAGAGUUAAGAAGAGUAGAAGAGAGGCUCCAGCCGUUCAUCCAAAGAGCUCACUCCAUCCUGGAGGCAGCCACCACUGCUGAUUAUAACAACAAUACACAAGAGAGAGAGGAGGAUCAGCAUGUUCUAAACCUGGUGGGAGAAGCUCUUCGGCUCUUAGGAAAUGCUCUGGUUGCCCUGAGCGAUCUGCGCUGUAAUUUGUCCAGUGCUCCUCCCCGUCACCUGCAUGUGAUCCGGCCCAUGUCUCACUACACUUCCUCUGUUCUGCCACCAGGUGGAGUGCAUCAUAUGCCCAUACAGGUUAAUUUGGGGACCACAGUGACCAUGUCAGCUAAUGGCAGACCACAGGCUGAGAGUCCCCCUCAACCUGCUGACCAAUCCGAGCAACAAGGGCAUGGACAAAUGCCCACCCCACAGCCAGGUAUGGCCAAUCAGCAGACUGGACAGCCAGGGCCCAGGGUGAUACGUAUAAGCCAUCAAACUAUGGAGCCAGUGGUGAUGAUGCAGAUUAACAUUGAUGAUAAUGGAAGCAAUGCUCAGGCCCCUGGACAACAGAAUGCUGCUGGUACUGGACAGCCUGGCACGACUCCUAUACAGAUACCUGGUUUACCUCCAGAAUUUAUGCAAGCCAUUGUAAAUCAAGUUACUCAACAAGCUAUGGCCAUGGCAAAUGCUGCUUCUGCUGCUGGUCAACAUGGACAGCAAACCCCAAGCCCAGCUGGCACAGGCCCCGCCCAUGCCGAUACAGGCCCCGCCCCAGGUGGCACAGGCCCCGCCCCAGGUGGCACAGGCCCCGCCCCUGCCGGCACAGGCCCCGCCCCAGGUGGCACAGGCCCCGCCCCUGCCGGCACAGGCCCCGCCCCUGCCGGCACAGGCCCCGCCCCUGCCGGCACAGGCCCCGCCCCUGCCGGCACAGGCCCCGCCCCUGCCGGCACAGGCCCCGCCCCUGCCAGUACAGGCCCCGCCCCUGCCAGUACAGGCCCCGCCCCUGCCAGUACAGGCCCCGCCCCUGCCAGUACAGGCCCCGCCCCUGCCGGCACAGGCCCCACUCCCCCUCCUUUUCCCCCUCACCCACAUCAAGCUAGGUUUGUAUUCACCUUGCCUUCCUUUCCUCACCGCAUGGCAAAUCCUUCCUUCACCACCAGAGGAACCACCAUCAAUCUGCGAACUGCUGUUCCUCCUACGAUGGGCCAGCAUCCAGGCCAGGCUACACCCAUUAAUCCAGCUGCUAUUAAUCAAAUGAUUAGUGGAAUGAUGGGACAGCUCUUGACAGGGGUUUCUGGCCAGAUGACCAGUGAGACCACUACCUCUUCCUCAUCCUCGCCCUCCAGCUCCUCUUAUACAUUCUCAUUUUCCACCUCAUCUUCCUCUACAUCCUCUUCCUCAUCAUCAACCUUUCCCCGAAUGUCUGAAUCUACCACCAGUGCCUCAGGACCCACACACUCAACAAGCACCACUGCAAGUACUGCUCCCCAGUCUGGACCACCCCCUGCACCUGCUCAGGGGCCUCCCCAAAUGGGCAACUUGGACCAGCUUCUAGGCUCUGUCCUCGGAGGGGUGGCUGCUGCUGGCCAGGCUCCAGGAGCAAAUCCUUCUGUGACUGUGACAAUGCCAGGAAUACCUGCCUUUAUUCAGGGAGUCACUGACUUCAUACAGGCCUCACAACAGAGCCAUGUUCAGCCCCCCACAGCUCAACCAUCAGGCCCCACUCCUACUCCUCCAACUGCUGGAUCACAAACGGAGCCUGCAGGAGGCGCCGCAGCUGAAGAAGUCCUGAACACAGAGCUUUUCACUGGGAUAGUGCAGGGGGUCCUGUCCACUAUGAUGGGCUCUCUAGGUGCCCCACAGAACAACACUGAGAGCAUUGCUCAGUUCAUUCAGAGACUCUCCCAGACGAGCAAUAUUUUCACCCCCAGUACAGGAGAAGCCAUGGGUUUCUUUGGCGACCUGUUGACUCUUGUGUGCCAGAACUUCUCCAUGGUGGACAUGGUGCUGCUGCUCCAUGGUCAGUCUCAGCCACUAAGUCGUAUCCAGCCCCAGCUGGCGCAGUUCUUCACAGAACACUAUCUGCAGGGCAGAGAACCCACUGAAGCCAACAUAGCAGCAGCUGCUGAUAAUCUAAUUGGGGAACUAGAUGAAUACAUCACUGAGAGUUUUUCAUCCGUUACAGUACGGGACGGGGUGGACAUCACUCAGACAAACAGAUCUUUUCUCAGACGGCAACUUACUGACAUUGCCAUGCACAUUCUUCAAUGCACAGAUAGCACGUUUGGACCACACUUGCUGCAGCUGUGUAACCGUGCACUGUUUGAGUGUUUGGCCCUCAAUCUGUACUGCCUGAGAGGAGAGCAGGGGGCCCUAACUGCAGUCAUCAACAACCGCAUCAGGACCAUGUCAGCAGAGGUGAACCCAAGUGUGGUGAACUGGUUAACCAGUAUGAUGACUAUGAGACUGCAGGUCAUUCUGGAGCACAUCCCAGUCACGGAGCAGCAAAUCCUGCAUUAUGUCGUCCACACUCAGGGUGAAGCAGCAAGAGAGGCCCCCACACAUGAGUCAGAAAGUCAUCCUAUGGAGAUGGAUGACACUCUGUCUCCCACUCCAGCCACCACAGCAGAGGAGGCCAUGGUAAGCUCCCAGGAGGAAGGGGCAGUUGGAGGUUCAGCUGGAGAUACAGGGGAAGCAGCAGAUGGCGAGGAGCCUGGAGAAGAAGCUGAGGCCUGGGCAGCUGCUUUACCUCCUGAGUGGGUUCCCAUCAUCAGACAGGAUAUAAACAGCCAGAGGAAGAUGAAGGCCCAGCCCCCUCUAUCUGAUGCAUAUCUACAAGGGAUGCCUGCAAAGCGCAGAAAGACAGCACAGAGUGACGGUCCGAGACUCACGCUCUCUGAAGCAGUGAGCCAAGCAGCGCGAUCAGUCAGUGCCACACCUGUUACAUCACCCAGUGCCUUACAGGAAGACCUUGAGAGUCCAGAACUACAGGAUGCAUACGCACAACAGAUGAAAAAUGACCUCAAACAACGGGUAAAAGACGACCCCAAUUUCACCUCUCGGCGGUUUCCCAACACACACACACUGUUCUCACCAGACUCGUAACCACCUUAUGUCUACACCGUGGCUCUUCCUCUGCUGCAUGUGUAUAUGCUCUUUGGUUUCUUUUAAUUAUUUAAGAUUAAACAAGUUCUACAAUUUUGAAA